CAGCCGCUCGGGACGAGGGGCUGUGCCUCCGGGACCAUGUUGCUGCGGACAGCUUGGAGGCGGGUGGCUGCGGCCCUGCCGGCGGCUCCGGGGCCGCGGCCCGAGGCGCCCACCCGGGGUCUGCGCCUGCGCGUUGCAGACCAUGCUCCCCAGUCAGCUGUUCCCUCCGAUACAGCCAUUGCUCCAGAGAUGGAGUCAGUGCUGCGACCUCUGUACAUGGAUGUGCAAGCUACAACUCCUCUGGACCCUCGGGUACUUGAUGCCAUGCUCCCUUACCUAGUCAACUACUAUGGGAACCCACACUCCCGGACACAUGCUUACGGCUGGGAGAGUGAGGCAGCCAUGGAACGUGCUCGCCAGCAAGUAGCAUCUCUCAUUGGGGCUGAUCCUCGUGAAAUCAUUUUCACUAGCGGCGCUACUGAGUCCAAUAACAUAGCAAUUAAGGGGGUGGCUAGGUUUUACAGGUCACGGAAAAAGCACUUGAUCACCUCCCAGACAGAACACAAAUGUGUCUUGGACUCUUGCCGUUCACUGGAAGCUGAGGGCUUUAAGGUCACCUACCUCCCAGUGAAGAAGAGUGGGAUCAUUGACCUGAAGGAACUAGAGGAUGCUAUCCAGCCCGAUACCAGCCUGGUCUCAAUCAUGUCUGUGAACAAUGAGAUUGGAGUGAAGCAGCCCAUUUCGGAAAUAGGGCAGAUUUGCAGUUCCAGAAAGGUCUAUUUCCAUACAGAUGCAGCCCAGGCUGUUGGAAAAAUCCCACUUGAUGUCAACGACAUGAAAAUUGAUCUCAUGAGCAUCAGUGGCCACAAAAUCUAUGGUCCCAAAGGGGUUGGUGCCAUCUACAUUCGCCGCCGGCCCCGUGUGCGUGUGGAGGCCCUGCAGAGUGGAGGGGGGCAGGAGCGGGGUAUGCGGUCUGGGACAGUGCCCACACCCUUGGUGGUGGGCCUGGGGGCAGCGUGUGAAGUGGCCCAGCAAGAGAUGGAGUACGACCACAAGCGAAUUUCAAAGUUAGCAGAGAGACUGAUACAAAAGAUUAUGAAGAGCCUUCCAGAUGUUGUGAUGAAUGGGGACCCUGUUCACCAUUACCCAGGUUGUAUCAACCUCUCCUUUGCCUAUGUGGAAGGGGAGAGUCUACUGAUGGCACUCAAGGAUGUGGCCUUAUCUUCGGGGAGUGCGUGCACUUCUGCAUCCCUAGAGCCCUCUUAUGUCCUUCGAGCAAUUGGCACUGAUGAGGAUUUGGCUCACUCUUCUAUCAGGUUUGGCAUUGGCCGUUUCACCACAGAGGAGGAAGUGGACUACACGGUAGAGAAGUGCAUUUACCAUGUGAAGCGUCUUCGUGAAAUGAGCCCUCUCUGGGAGAUGGUGCAGGAUGGCAUUGACCUUAAGAGCAUCAAGUGGUCCCAGCACUAGAAGAGUGGGCCUCGGACAUUGUGCUUCCCGUUUGCUCCUCGUCAUCACUGCGUGGCCCCGCAUUACACCCAGUGGGCGUUUAUGUUCAAAUCAGAAUUGGGAUAGCCCGGUUGACUUCAGCAUCAGCUCACUUCCAAGACAGAAACACAGGCUCUUUCCUGGGUUUCAGCUUUUUUUUGGUGGGAAACACUCCCCAUUUAUCUCCAGGAGUCCUCUGUUCUUAUCGUCAGUGGAUGUCUUACCUUGAAACGGAAGGAACAUUUGUUAUGAUCUUGCUCUAUAUCCUUGGUGGAGAGAACCAGAAGAGAAGAAGGCUCUUUGUUCAGGGACCCUGUUGCUAUACAUGGACAUUUGAGUUGUUGCUUACUGCUACUAGCAAGACUGAUUCCUUUAGGAACAACAUAAUCAACUAUAAUUUAAACUUUUUUGUGGCCUCAAAGGCCACAUCUUCAUAUUGACUGUAGAUGGAACAGACUGUUCUUAUCUCCUUUUCUUUUGACCUAGUGGAGUGAGAAAUAUCUAUAUAAUAAUACCCAUUAUUUUGAUAAUUUGUUUCUUUUUAAAAAAUUGUUAAUUUGCAGAUUAGAGAAAUAAAAUUGUCUUCCUCUAUUUGCUCUGUGACUUUAUGAGAGGCCCAGGGAGAAUUCCAAGCUGUGAUUCGGAAUUGGGGAGACUACUACUCCACUUGAUUUCCAUAGAUGACUCAGUGUGCUUGCAUAUGUCUUCUUUCAACAAUUAUUUGAGUGCUUGUCAGGAGCUUGAUAUUAUUCUGGGUAUUGGGGAUACAUUGGUUAACAGACCAAAAGGACCUUCCCCUCAUUCUUGUUGAGAGUCAGAAAAUAAUGAGUAAAUAAAUAAGCCUAUGGAAGAAAUAGAGUAGUAAAGGAGAUAAUGGGGAGAACCUACUAUGUUGGACAUACUUUGAAAUCUUUUUUGAGGAGAUAAGAACAGUCUGUUCCAUCUACAGUCAAUAUGAAGAUGUGGCCUUUGAGCAGAAAUGUGAUUUCCAGUCAUUGGAAAGAGCUAGGGAUGAGUGAGGGAUGAGAAGGAGCAACAAAAGCAAAGGGGACAUGUUAUACUGGACUCUAAGCCACUUCCUACUCCAGUAGUACAUUUAUCCAAUAAACAGUCAUUGAUCGGUGAAAAAAAA